AUGGACGAUCCUAAUUAUGCUAAUGCUCGACGUGAAUUUCCUGAUUUGCUGUAUCCAGAAGCAAAGUUUUUCAACGCACGCCCCUAUGAUGUUUUACUUGAACUUUGGCCAGCAACAACAAUUGACCUUACAACAGAUAAAAAGUUUACAAUGCAAAAAAUAUCAUCAUCUAAAAUGACUGACAAUUAUGCUGCAUUAACACUACCAUUUAUCUAUUCUGAUGUACAAGCCGUGUCAGAUAACAGUUUUGACGAAUUACUUUCAAAUACAAAUGAACAUUUGAUAUCAAUAAAUCAACAACGUUUCAGAAAAACAUUUUCAACCAACACUGAACUAUUAGCCUGCAUUGGCAACAGCAAAGAUGAGGAUAAAAAUAAUCGAUGUUUAUCAAUAGCAGUAACAGACAGAUCAAAUUUAUUCUUUUAUCGAUUUGAUAGUGAAAAUAAUCAUUUUGAUCAAUGUUAUAUGAAGAAUUUAUCGGAUAAUAUUUGUUCUUUAUCAUUUAAUCCGUAUGUUCCAUCAUUUUCGAUUUUUAUUGAUGAUAAACAUCAAAUUCAUUUAGUUGACUUCGAACAAGAAUCUGAACAAAUAAUUGUUCAACAACGAUACUAUCAUCAACAACAAAAAGAUAUUUACAAUCAAAUUGAAAGUCAACUCUUAUUUAUUGGAUGGGAUUCAUCACCAUUUUUGUUUACCUCAACAAAUAGUCAUUAUGGUUGUAAAUUAUAUGAUACUCGUAUACACAACGAAUGUAUUAAGAAUUUAUUUCAAUUGAAUAAACCUUAUUUACAUAAACUAGAAACAAUACGGUUAUAUCAGUCAAGUAUAACAAACGAAUAUCAACAUAUUUUUAUAACAGAUUAUACUGUGAUAUUGAUUGAUUCAAGAAUGGCGGAUAGAACGAUGAUCUAUACGAAACAUGAACUAUUGCGUCCGCCUAAAUCUUUUACACAAGUAAAACUUGACGGUUUAAUAUCAUUACCAUACUGUCACAAGCUACUGAUUAACGAUGAACAUAAUACAAAUAUUAUUGAAUAUGGUUUAGACAAUUAUAAUCGUAUAAUUCAAUUAAAUUCUCCUUGGGAACCAUGUUCACUGUCAAAUUCACGAUAUUAUAUAUCAAAUGACGAUGUUGCUCAACAAUUAAUGGUACGAUCGAUUUAUUUUGAUUUGCCUACCAAUGACAUAGCGACGAUUAAUAAACGUUCUAGUAAAACGGAGUAUUUAUUAUUUCAAUUGAACAGUGCCGGUAAUUUACAUGUGCAAUUAUUUGGCCAAUGUUUAACAGAUGAAAAAACAUGGAAUCCAAAUCCGGAUAUGAUAAUGAAAAAACCACCAACUUGUUUUAGUGAAGCAAUGAAACAUUGGGCAUCCAAAUUUUUAAAGUUAUUUCAAUGUGAACAAUGUCUAGUGUACAAUGUUGAACCAUCAAAUUUAACAAUUGUCACACCAUUCAAAGCCAUGACAUCAACAACAUUAAAAGCUUUUCCAAUAUUUAAAAAUACUCAUUCACAUUCAUCAAAAGAAAUACAAUCUGAAAUGACUCGAUGUCCAACAUGUCAAUGUUUUCCAGUAUACGAUGAAAAUCGAGCACAAGUGUGGAUUCAAGAUUGGAAAAAAACAUUUCCAAAACAAUCAUCACUAUCUAUAACACCUAGUAAAACGACUGAUCAAGACAAUAAAUCAAUAAACGCAACACAAAUAUCAGAAAGUAAUACAUCUCAAACAGCGAAUAAAAACUGGCAAGAAUUUUUUGAUUUAGCUGAACUUAAACAAGCAAAUCUCUCUUAUACGCUAUUUAACGAAAUAGAAACACCAUGGCAAGAAUGA